AUGAAAGCAAUUACACUUGAACAAAGAGCUCGUAUUUACACUCUUAUUCAAGAAGGAUACUCUAGUCGUGAGAUUGCAUUUUGUGAAAAAAUUAGUCAUUCCACUGUUGUAAGAAUAAAACAAAGAAAGGAAAAAACAGGAAGUUUUGACAUUAUACCAAAACCAGGACGCCCACGCAUACUUUCUGAACAACAUGAUAGGAAUAUCUGCAGACUUAUUAAAUCGGGUGAAUGUUCUAAUGCAAUUCAAAUUCAAAAAAAAUUAAUUUCCAAUAAAAAUAUUAUUGUUUCUCCAAAUACAAUUAGACGCUCAUUGAAAAGACAAGAGGAUUGGAGAAAGGUUAUCUGGUCAGAUGAAAGUAAAUUCAUGAUUUUUGGUUCAGAUGGAAGGGAGUUGUGUUGGAAAGAUCCAAAAUCACCUUUGCGUCCACAACAUGUUAAGCCAACAGUAAAGUUUGGUGGAGGUAGUGUUAUGAUAUGGGGUUGUUUUGGAAGUUUUGGUGUUGGAAAUUAUU